AUGGAGAGCCUCCUCACUAACAUCACCUCCACCGCUGAACCCCUCCUGUUCCUCUGGACCCCUAACACACCUAACUGUAGCACCUGGGACCAGCGCUGGGGAGCACAUUAUCUGCAUAGGUUAGCCCAUCUGGACGCGCAACUCUACCAAGACUUCUAUGCCGUGUGGGUCUCUCUCAUGGUGUGUAACUGUUUGAUGCUGGUGGUCGGUGUGGUCCUCAACAGCCUGGCUCUCUAUGUCUUCUGUGGGGCCGCCAACCACUCCUCAGCCUCUGUGGUUUACACCAUGAACCUUGCUGUAGCCGACCUGCUGGUGGCGCUGUCGCUGCCAGCUCGCAUCGCUCUGUACCACAGCGGAGGGAACUGUGUGGCCUGCUCCUACGUUCACACCUUCAGUUACUUUGUCAACAUGUACUGUAGUAUACUGUUUCUGACCAGUAUAUGUAUAGACCGGUACCUCGCCGUCGUCCAUGCAUCCAGUACUCUCCAUCGAUGCAGAACCACAGGAACAGCCAGGUGUGUCAGCGCCACAAUUUGGUUCAUUGCAGUCGUGGUCACCUAUUCUUUCCAGAGCACAGCGUUGGAGUUCAGCUCCUCCUGUGUGCUCCUCCCUGCCCUCUUCUACCUCACCAUCCUGGAGUUCCUCCUUCCCCUGCUGGCCGUGGUGGGCUUCACUCUACGCGUUGCCUGUUUUCUCUCCUCCAACCACGGCCCGAUGCCCCAGCAGAGUCGGGCGAGGAGGACCCGCGCUGUCACACUGCUGGCCACCGUCUUGGUGGUCUUCACUAUCUGCUUUACGCCUUUCCACAUCCGGCAGGUGCUGGUUUACUUCAGGGUCAAAGGCGGAGGGGAGGGGCUCGAGCAGGGGCACGUGCUCGCAUAUCACAUCACAGUUACCCUGAGCAGUCUGAACAGCUGCCUGGAUCCAGUGGUUUACUGCUUCGUGACAGACAGCUUCAAGAGAAUAUGGAGGAUGAGAAUGAGAGGAAUGAGGGACGGGGACGGGGAGGCGGGACAUACAAGUGGGGCGGAUGGGGAGAGGAAUUCAGUGAAUAAAUGUUCGGGUACGGCACUGGCGAUAGCUCACAGUGUGGCCACGCUCACCUUCACCAGCACUCCGAUCUCUGUGGCAAACAUGCAACAGUCCACUUAA